AUGAAAAACCUCUUCCCCGUCAUUCGCGCCAUCACUGCGCUGGGGCUGUCGCUCCUGGCCUUGUCAGCAUCUGCCGCUGAUGCCUGGGCCGACCUGCAGCAGCCGGGUGCCAUCGUGCUCUUCCGCCACGCGACGGCACCGGGCAUUGGCGACCCGGCGGGUUUCAAGCUGGACGCCUGCCCCACCCAGCGCAACCUCGACGACAAGGGCAGGGCAGAGGCGCGCCGGCUGGGUGAGCAGUUUCGCAGCCGCAAGAUUGACGUCGGUGCGGUGGUCACCUCGCAGUGGUGCCGCACGCGUGAGACGGCGCGGCUUGCUUUUGGCGAUGCGGUGAAAGACGAGCCGGCGUUCAACUCGACAUUCACCGCGUCAGGCGCGGUGACUGACGCGCAGACGGCGCAGGCGCGGGCCCUGCUGUCGCGCUGGCGAGGCCCGGGCACGCUGGUGGUGGUGUCGCACCAGGUCAACAUCACGGCGUUGACGGGUGUGUACCCGGCGUCAGCGCAGGGCGUGGUGCUGCGGCCGGCGGCGGAUGGCAGCCUGAAGGUGGUGGGGACCAUCCAACCUUAA